UAAACCCACGGCAGAAACCCACCCUCUAUAAAUUUGGAUGCCCUUCUCCAUUGUGUUAUCAUCAACAACAUCUUGAGGUCCAAAAUCUCCUCAUCUUUCAGUCAGAGUUAGUUUUCAUUCCAUAAGAAUGGAAGGGGAUAUUAGUAUGAAGAAAAUCGUGGUGGCAGUGGACGAGAGCGAAGAGAGCAUGCACGCACUUUCCUGGUGUCUGGGAAACCUUUCCUCUCAAAAAGCCACUGCUGCUGCCAAUACCAGUACCAGUCUUGUUCUUCUCUAUGUCAAACCACCACCUCCACUUCAUUCCUCCUAUGACGCUGCAGGAUACAUGUUUUCGAAGAACGAUGUAGUCGCCGCGAUGGAGAAGUACGGGAAUGACAUGAUAAAUUCAGUGAUGCAACGAGCUGAAGCUGUCUACAAAAACUUCAAUGUCAACGCCAAUGUAAAUAUCGAGAGAGUGGUUGGCAGCGGAGAUCCGAAAGAUGUGAUUUGCAAUGCAGUCGAGAAGCUUCGAGCUGAUACCUUGGUCAUGGGAUCCCAUGGCUAUGGUUUCUUCAAGAGGGCUCUUCUUGGAAGCGUGAGUGAUUAUUGUGCGAAACACGUCGAGUGUCCAGUUGUGAUUGUCAAGCAUCCUGACCACAAAUAGUUGGUUCAUCCUGGCCAAAAUGAGUUUCUUUGGUGAUUGAUUUAUCUUCAAAUCUGGUGUCUGCUAUAUAUGCUGGGAAUUAAGUUGUGUAAAUGCAAAACUUGUAUAUGCGAUUUAAUGAAGAUCAUCAAUUAUACACUCUAAGAUCA